UUCUUCCGUGUCGCCAUUUCCGUUUUUCGAUAGCGCCCCUCGCGGUGUAAUAUUUUUAAAUAGAACGCUCCAAGGCGUUUGAGUGGGAAGUCAAACGGCUUGCGUGACCUAGGCUACAACACCCGUUGAUAAGUGGUCCUGUCUUUUGGGGACAAGAUAUAUAUGAAUGGCGGAGUCACUAACAGGACCCCCUGGUGCUAAUCCUGUGGAUGACACAUUCCGUUGUCCGAUAUGUCUAGAAGAGGUGAGAAAUCCAAAGUACUUCCCAUGUUUCCAUACGUUUUGUGAGACUUGCAUUCAAACGUACAUUUCAAGUACGGCAGCACGUAAGGAUAACGAAACUGAAAGCCAUCGAAUGGGAUACGUGUGCAGAAAACGUAUCGAAGCUCCAAAUAACGACAUUACAAGCGAGGAGUGGGCGCUUGCUUUGACACAAAACAAAUUGAUUGUGAGCAUGUCGGUAGAUCCUAAGAAAGAGGAACAUAAAUUCUGCAUGUUUUACAAACGACAAGACAAAAGCGUUACUGCGAAGCAUUGGUGUAAAUCAUGCAUGAAAUCGAUCUGCGAUGAUUGUAACUGUUUUCAUUCGUAUGUUCCCAUUCUUCGAGGACACAAAAUCUUAAGCUUCUCGGAUGCACAGGACUUGAAAAAUGACAUAGAAGUCGAUGUGCCUUUUUCCAUACACGAGGGGAAAUUUCUUGAGGUAUACUGCACGGAUCACGACAAACUUUGCUGCAGCAUCUGUUUUGCCACCGAACAUAGAAAGUGUGAACAAGUACAGACCAUUGAAGAUGUAGCAACAGAGAUGAAUGAACACAGAGUUCAAAAUAAACUGACAUUGUUUAAAGAUCUGCUGGAAACUCUUAUGAAUAUGCGGGAAGAAUACAGAGAUAAAGUAACCACACUAAACAGCAGAAAACAGGAAAUCAUUUCAAGUGCUGAAAAGAAAGUUGAAGAAAUAAAAUCGCAGAUAGACAAGGCACAUGCACAGUGGUUAAAGAGAUUUGAACAGAAACACACAGAUUCUGUUGGAAACAUUGAGAUUGCUUCUGACGAAAUAAAACGACUUGCGACUACAAUAGGAGAUGCAAAAACUAUGGUACAAACGGUGAAAGAAAAUGGAUCUACCAAACAGAUUUUCGUCACUAAUCACAAAUUGGGGGUUCAGGUUUUAGAGCAUCUCAAUCGGUUACGGGCUUUGGAUAUCUGGGACUUUGUCCAGGAUUACAAUCAUCAGAACACAGAUUUCCUUCGUCAGAUCUGUAACGAUGGAUCGUUUCAGGAUGUCAGUUCUUCUGAAAUGUGA